CAAACAGGUGCUGUAGUCUGGAUUUUGAUAGGUUGGAAGGUGAAUGGACUCUUGGUAAAACAAACAGUUCUCAGCCAGAACCAGACAAUUUUAAUUUGCAGUGAGUGUCACAUUUACGUAAAGCUUAAAUCAGAUAAUACUGUAGGAAGAGGAGAGGGAGGACUUAGUCCAAAUAGAAGACAUAAUAACAUUAACCAAUGUGAAGUCACUGCUGGAGUAAGGAGAGAAAAUAGAAGGAAAUGCGACCAAAACCGCACAGAAUAUACAACUGGGACAGCAGGUUUGAGAGAGCACAUGGAGCAUCCUAUCAUGAAGUCUAGCUAUUGUCUGUUCUUCAGAUUGAGAGCAAUCAGUUUUCCCGGCUUUAAAGCUUGAUAAGUUGAUAAAACUCCUACUCGAAAACCAGCCUUCCUGGUUAGCUGUUAGCUGUUGCCAACGACACAAUGAUUUAUAGGGUUCAGCAUGCCAGUAAGCAGAUCACUGUGAAUAAACAGUACAAGAGUUUCAUUGACUGUGUUGUCCGUAUCCCCAAGGAGCAAGGAGUGCUUUCCUUCUGGAGAGGUAACCUUGCUAAUGUUAUCAGAUAUUUCCCUACCCAGGCCCUCAACUUUGCAUUCAAAGACAAGUACAAGGAACUCUUCCUCAAUGGCAUUGACAAGCGCACCCAGUUCUGGAGGUACUUUGUUGGUAACCUGGCCUCUGGUGGUGCCGCUGGAGCUACCUCUCUUUCUUUUGUGUACCCUCUUGACUUUGCUCGCACUCGGCUGGCUGCUGAUGUGGGAAAGACAAGAGCUGAAAGAGAGUUCACUAGUCUUGGAAACUGUCUGGUGAAGAUCUUCAAGUCUGAUGGUGUAAGAGGCUUAUACCAGGGCUUCAAUGUGUCUUUGCAGGGCAUUGUCAUCUACAGGGCUGCAUAUUUUGGCAUCUAUGAUACAGCUAAGGGUAUGCUUACAGACCCCGAGAACGCCCAUAUAAUGGUGAGCUGGAUGAUUGCACAGACAGUGACAGUUGUUGCUGGCCAGAUGUCAUACCCCUUCGACACGGUCCGUAGACGUAUGAUGAUGCAAUCUGGACGCAAAGAAGCUGACAUCAUGUACCGUGGGGCCAUUGACUGCUGGCUUAAGAUUGCACAUGAUGAGGGUUGUAUGGGUUUUUUCAAGGGAGCUGGGUCCAAUGUGCUCAGAGGCAUGGGCGGUGCCUUUGUGCUGGUGUUGUUCGAUCAACUGAAGAAAAUCAUCUAAUGCUUCAUGGUGUCACAUCACUGUCUAGUUUGACUUAAUUUACAUUUCUAUGGAGUCUACAAUCUCUCUUAUUUAUUGGAACAAACUUUAUGAUUUUAAAUGUACUACAUUGUGUUUUUUCUGUUAAGGUUUGUAUGAUCCCAACUUGAAUAAAUUUAUUCUGG